AGGAAGCUAUGCUAGAACAAUUAAUUUUAAUUCCUUAUAAUAUUGGGUACUAUUGGAUAUUGUUAGUCAUUGAUCUAACAUUGAUGAUUGUGUACUUGCUUGAUCCGAUUAAUUCUAAAAUAAACACAAGCUUUGAAAUUGUAAUAAACACUGCUUUGAAAAUUUAUGAAACUAUCCAAAGGAGGAGGAGGACCAAUCCAGUUUGGAAAGUAGUUCAGGUAAUCAAUAUCAUUUUCUCUAAUUUUAUCAUACUUAUAUUUAUGCUAAUGAUUGUUCAGCUUGAUCAUAACACUUUAUAUAUAGUUUCUAAUAAUAAUGAAAAUGCUUUUAUGUCGUCCCCGCAACAACCUACAAACGUAGAAUGUGGGUUUUAUGUAAUGCGGUAUAUGAAAGACCUCAUUAGAGAUCAAAGCAUCCUAAGAAAACAAAAUGUGAGAUAAAUUCUAAACUUUUAUUACUAUUAUAUUCAUGAUACUUGUACAUCUUUUUCAUUAUCUAAUUGUUUGUAAAUAACCUCUUGCAGUUCAAUGGAAAAAAGACUUACACGGAAA